CGUUAUUAUCAAAACCAACAGGGCUCCAACAGUACCAAGACAAAGAAUAAAAUAAUCUUUGCUCAAGCCGACUUUCGAAAGCAAGACGCACGCCUUCCUCAUCAUACAGCGAGAGUGCUUUUCCUUCUUUUCGCGAGGAGACGCCGCUAGGCACUUGGCCACCUCUUUUGACUUUUUUCCCCUUCUGUUUUUGAUGGGGUGUUGUGCGGCAGAUUUUCUGCUUGGAGUUUCUAUUUCACUGGUGUGUGCUUUUAUGAAGGGUUGACAAUUCGUCAAAGCUUAAUUGUGGACCUGUUGGUGUGAGUGAUUUAUUUGGCUUUGCAAGUGACACGAUUUUUUAAGUAGCUGGAAUGGCUACUUUACCAGGAACAGUACCACGAAUGAUGCGUCCAGCUCCAGGCCAGAACUAUCCCCGAACCGGAUUCCCUUUGGAAGUAUCAACACCACUGGGCCAAGGUCGGGUGAAUCAACUUGGUGGAGUUUUCAUCAAUGGAAGGCCACUACCAAAUCAUAUCCGACACAAGAUAGUAGAGAUGGCUCACCACGGCAUCCGGCCCUGCGUAAUCUCGCGACAGCUGCGAGUCUCCCACGGCUGUGUGUCCAAAAUCCUGUGUCGGUACCAGGAGACGGGUUCGAUACGUCCUGGGGCGAUAGGUGGAAGCAAACCCAGGCAGGUGGCAACGCCGGACGUGGAAAAGAGGAUUGAGGAAUACAAACGCGAAAACCCAGGGAUGUUUAGCUGGGAGAUAAGAGACAAACUUCUGAAGGACGGGGUGUGCGACAGAAGUACGGUUCCUUCAGGUGAGGCCUCAUCCGUGAGCUCUAUUAGCCGGGUAUUGCGCGCACGCUUUGGGAAAAAAGAUGACGAUGAUGAUUGUGAUAAAAAGGAUGAAGACGGCGAGAAGAAAACCAAACAUAGCAUCGAUGGGAUACUUGGUGAUAAAGGUAACCGCACUGACGAGGGCUCGGACGUGGAGUCGGAGCCGGACCUGCCCCUGAAGAGGAAGCAGCGCCGCAGCCGGACCACCUUCACGGCCGAGCAGCUGGAGGAGCUGGAGAAGGCCUUCGAGCGGACACACUACCCCGACAUCUACACCAGGGAGGAGCUGGCCCAGAGGACCAAACUCACAGAGGCACGGGUGCAGGUGUGGUUCAGCAACCGAAGAGCCAGGUGGCGUAAGCAAGCGGGAGCCAAUCAGCUCGCUGCGUUCAACCAUCUCCUGCCAGGUGGCUUCCCCCCCACUGGAAUGCCCACUCUACCCACGUACCAGCUGCCUGAGUCCGGCUACCCCAGUACCACCCUCUCACAAGAUGGCAGCAGCACGUUGCACCGGCCCCAGCCCCUGCCCCCCUCCUCCAUGCACCAGAGUGGGCUCUCAGCAGACGGCAGCUCCGCCUAUGGCCUGUCGUCAGCCAACCGGCACGGCUUCUCCAGCUACUCCGACACCUUCAUGACCCCCUCGGCCUCUGGCAACCACAUGAACCCCGUCAGCAACGGCCUCUCCCCACAGUACAAAGGCAGCUCGGAUGUCGACUCCAGAGAUCCACACUGCUGUCGGCUAUUUUACACUGCCACGGUGGUGCGGUGAACUGAGCUUAAACUCGCCACAGAUAGAGGUG